UCAGCAUGAAUGUAAAGCUAGAUGUAUUACUAUUAGGCCAAGACUGUUAACAGAAGACAGCCAGCUUUCUUCAAGAGUCUCAGUGAAUGAAUUCAAUAUGAGUACAUGUCAAGCCCAUGGUACUUCAUUAUUUUUCCAGAAAAGAUGUCCGCUAAGCUUCAGAAGGUGCUAGUGUUGCUGUUGAUGCUCCUGCAGGAUUUGCAGCUAACAGGAGCAUCUUGCAGCUGUUCAGCAUCUACCUGCCACUGCGACAGCCAGAGACUUGCCAGCAUACCACAGGACCUUCCAGUGUCUAUCACAUACUUACGUUUGGAAUUUGAUAAUAUUACAGCCUUACGCACUACAGACUUUCCAAGGUACAGAAACUUACACAGCUUAUACCUACCAAGAAACCAUCUGACUACAAUCCACAGCAGGGCAUUUUACUGCCUGAUUAACUUAACAACCUUAGAUCUUCGCUGGAACCGUUUGACAUGUCUCGGGGCUGAAACAUUUAUUGGGCUUGGUAGCCUGGAGAUACUUAACCUUGACUACAAUGAUAUCAGUACCAUUGAAGAAGAGACCUUCAGUCCAACUCCUCAGCUUGUUGUGUUACUUCUAGGGUCGAACAAGCUGACAUCGAUCCCACAGGGCAGUUUUAGAGGUCUCACCCAGCUUCAGAUGAUAGACUUGUUCUCAAACAAAAUAUCUGAGAUUCAGCUGGGCACAUUCUCAGAUCUACCUCGGCUACAACACCUGUACUUGUACCAAAACCGGAUAACGGACAUUCAACCAGGCACGUUCUCAAAUAUGACUCAGCUCCAGAUUCUGUCCUUGUUCUUCAACAACAUGACUGUUGUUCGGUCAGGCACACUCUCAAACCUACCUCGGCUCAAAGAGCUGGACCUGGACUUUAACCAGAUUGCAGAAAUUCAGCCAGGUGCGUUCUCCAACCUGCCACAGCUGCAGCACCUGGGACUGGGACACAACAGAAUGGAGUUCCUUCCCUGGACAGUCUGCUACCAACUGUACUCGAGAUCUAGAUCAGUCCGUGUGACUCUUGACAACAACCCCUGGAAUUGUGACUGUAGGAUGGUUUCCUCCAAAGUGGAGAUGACCAAGUAUUGUCCCUCAGAGACAAUAGACCAGAUUACAUGUGCAGGACCAGCCAAGUUGUACAGACAAAAGCUGCAAGAUGUUGCACCUACUGAUCUGAACUGUUUAGAACUGACUAAUGCUGCAGCAGACAAACAUAGCUUGCCAUGCCACUUUACCUAUAUGCUGAUGUUUUGUGCUUUUGCUGUAGAAUUAAUAGCUAAUUGACAUAACCCUUAAGUGUCAAGUUUGAUGAGAAGAUAACAAAACCCUCAGUCAAGUCCAGAAUUGGACCUUACUUUUUGCACAUGUAGCAUCAUCAACACAAUACAUGAUGCAGGCAUACCGCAUCGGCUACAUGUAAGAAAAAUCUAGAUGUUCAGAUGUACACAGUGGAAUGUCCCAGCCAGUUGUCAGAAUAUCUACAUCUAUAAAAGGCUUAUUCUUUAUUUCAGAUGACUAAUUCAGCCUUGCUAGUAUAAUUCUUCAUCAUGGCCAGCAUUGUGUAUGGAAAAAAAGUA